AUGGAAUUCGUUUCCAAUUCUCCACCUUUGCUUCCCAACUCAAGUUUUAACAUUAAUGCUGAAAAUAUGAGUUCUGCUGAGGAACAACAGCACUCUGCAAACCUCACAUUCUCUUCUGCAACUUCCCAACAACUUCUUCAACGCAUCAUGUCUCAAUUAGAAUUAUCACCAUUAACUUCAGGAAGGCUGUCUCACAGCAGUGGACCUCUAAAUGGAUGCCUUCCAGAAGAAAAUGAUAGCCCUCCAAUUUCUCCUCCUGAUGACUUUGAAGAUAUAGUAAAGUACUACCGCGCAAACAACACCUUACAACCCUUAUUCACGGCCCCCACUGGUACUACACAUACCGGUCAUGGCAGUACUGGUGCUGCCGGCGCUAGUGCUAGCACACCCGGUGGCAAGACAGUCGGGAGGUGGCUAAAGGAAAAGAGAGAGAAGAAGAAAGAAGAGACAAGAGUACAAAAUGCCCAGCUCCAUGCAGCUGUUUCAGUAGCUGGUGUGGCUUCAGCAGUGGCUGCAAUUGCAGCGGCCACUGCCGCAGCAUCUUCAAGGGGAAACGACGAACAUAUGGCAAAAACAGAUAAGACAUUGGCUUCAGCCGCCAUUCUGGUGGCUGCACAGUGCGUUGAAGCCGCAGAAGCAAUGGGAGCUAAUCGUGAUCACCUCAUGUCUGCAAUAAGCUCUGCCGUCAAUGUCCGGUCUUAUGGAGAUAUAUCAACUCUUACUGCCGCCGCAGCCACAGCUCUGCGUGGAGUAGCUACCUUGAAGGCAAGAGCGUUGAAGGACGUGUGGAAUGUUCCAGCAGCUGUUUCAAAAGACAGAGGGUUAAGCAUAGGUACAGGUCACAAUAGCAGCAACAACAAUACUUACGGAAACUAUUAUGAAGAACUAGCUCCUGAAGAAAACGUUUUGGCUGCUUGUAAUAAAGAUCUGAUGCUCGCUCGGGGCAGCGAACUUCUCAAAAGAACUCGUAAAGGUGAUCUACACUGGAAGAUUGUCUCCGUUUAUAUUCACCGAACUGGAAAUGUGAUGCUGAAGAUGAAGAGCAAAUACGCAGCAAAUACUUUAACCAAAAAGGACAAGAAUAUAGUGUUGGAUGUUUGCAAGGACAUACCUGCAUGGCCAGGGAGGCACUCGUUUGAAGAUAGAGAGCAACGACGAUACUUUGGGUUGAAAACAGAAGCCCGUGGCCUGGUCGAGUUUGAAUGCAAAAAUGAAAGAGAAUAUGAAAUGUGGACACAAGGUGUUUCGAGGCUCCUGUCCAUCGUCGACGAAAGGAUGGUGAAGAAGAAUUCCAGCACAACACGGGGAAGAUGA